GGCGGGGGCGGCGCCGCCGGGGCCCUUUUAAAGCCGCGGGGCCGUCACCUCGGCUCGCCCGAGUCGGUUACAAAGGGGAGCUGUGGCCCGCGGACGCCGCGCGGCCCCCUCGCCAUUUUCCAGCCGUCGCCUGACGCGCGGGGGAAGGCGGAGCGGCCGGAGCGCGGCCCGGGCUGGCCCCGCGGGGCGGCUGCGGCGGCGGCGGCGGCGGCGGCGGCCGUGACGGCGGCUCCGGGCCCGGUGGCUCCCCCGGCGCGCCCCUCCCGCCGGAGAUGAGGGGAAGAUGUCCGUGUCGGGGCUCAAGGCCGAGCUGAAGUUCCUGGCGUCCAUCUUCGACAAGAACCACGAGCGAUUCCGCAUCGUCAGCUGGAAGCUGGACGAGCUGCACUGCCAGUUCCUGGUGCCGCCCGCGCCGCUCACCCUGCACUGCAACAUCACGGAAUCAUACCCAUCUUCUUCACCAAUAUGGUUUGUGGAUUGUGAUGACCCCAAUCUGGCAACAGUACUGGAGCGACUAGAAGAUACAAAGAACAACAAUUCGCUUCGUCAGCAAUUGAAGUGGUUGAUAUGUGAACUCUGCAGAUUAUAUAACCUUCCUAAGCACCUGGAUGUUGAGAUGCUAGAUCAACCACUGCCCACGGGUCAGAUUAGGACAACAGAAGAAGUGACUUCAGAAGAGGAGGAAGAGGAAGAGAUGGCUGAAGAUAUAGAAGACUUGGAUCACUAUGAGAUGAAGGAAGAAGAACAUCUUAGUGGAAAGAAGUUAGAGGAUGAAGGAAUUGAAAAAGAAAACUUGGCAAUAUUAGAGAAAAUUAGGAAAACUCAAAGGCAGGAUCAUCUAAAUGGUGCAGUGUCUGGGUCUGUGCAAGCUUCAGAUAGACUUAUGAAAGAGCUCAGGGACAUAUACAGAUCACAGAGCUAUAAAACAGGGAUUUAUUCAGUGGAGCUCAUAAAUGACAGUUUAUAUGACUGGCAUGUUAAACUGCAGAAGGUUGAUCCUGAUAGUCCUUUGCACAGUGAUCUUCAGAUCUUAAAAGAAAAAGAAGGCAUAGAAUAUAUCUUGCUUAAUUUCUCUUUUAAGGAUAAUUUUCCGUUUGAUCCUCCAUUUGUUCGAGUGGUGUUGCCUGUUCUCUCAGGAGGGUAUGUAUUGGGUGGUGGAGCAUUGUGUAUGGAACUUCUCACAAAACAGGGCUGGAGCAGUGCCUACUCAAUAGAAUCGGUCAUCAUGCAAAUCAAUGCCACCUUAGUUAAAGGCAAAGCCAGAGUGCAGUUUGGUGCAAACAAGAAUCAAUAUAACCUAGCAAGAGCUCAGCAAUCUUAUAAUUCCAUUGUACAGAUACACGAGAAAAAUGGUUGGUACACUCCUCCAAAGGAAGAUGGCUAAUUGCGUUGAGUUUCCUGUUUGGACUAAUGUUGCUUUAAAGAAAACUUUUCCAUCCUGCAGACACAAGCUUUGAGUGCUCCUGUAACAGCAGUACCGAAGAUGUUAGCUAAUAGAUAUUUUAGUGGAUAAUCAGUCAACUGACAUCGAGGAUAAGUUAAAGCCUUUUACUUUUGCUCACUUUAGAUAUCCUGGACUGAGCAGUAGGGGUCUUCAGUCUUUUUACUGGUUAAAAACACAUAUUGGUCAUUAUUUAUCACCUGUUUCCUUGAAAGGGAGUUCUGUUAAGCAGGCAAUUGUGACUGGAGGGUGACUUUCCUGUAUUGAGCCCAUGUGUUCCCAGGAAUCGCAAUAUGUUCAUUAGAGCCAAUAAAAUUUUAAUCCAUUAAUAUUGA